AUGGCGGAUUUGUCCGAGGAGUCCCGAUUGCUUGAGUUUCAACUCAAUAUUGGACGCACCAAUUUAGCAGUUCUGUAUUGUCCAGUAUGCGAAAAUGAGCUAUUUUGCAAAGAUUGUGCAAGUAAUCAUACGGCGCAAAGGUUAACAAAGACACAUCAUACUCCUGGUCAACCAAAGGCUUCUAACAUUGGGUUUGAUACUAUCACUCUGACAUGGGAAGCACCAGAAAUAUAUGGCCCAGAUGAUUACUUCCAAAUUAGUUUUAAAACCAGUUCCGAUGGGCCCAGAUGGAAGUUUUACGAUGAAAAGUGCGCGAAAGCGACACUUGUUCUAAUAAAUCUGAAGUCAAAUACAGAAUUCGUCUUCAGAAUCAGAGCGGUUUACAGUGAAAGUGAGGGCCAAUACAGGUCUCCGACAAACAGAACUGCUAGGGAAAAGACAAUUCUACUGAUUGGAGAGACAGGGACGGGAAAAAGCACAUUGGUAGAUGCAAUAAUUAACUACAUCCUAGGCGUCAAUUGGGAUGAUCCUUUUAGAUUCACAAUUGGAACUCUGGACAAAGAAAGAAAAGAGAAAAACCAGGCGAAUUCGCAAACGGAGUGGAUAAACUGUUAUACAGUCCACCCUGUAAAUGGAAGCAGACUAGCUUACUCCAUUAAUAUUAUCGACACACCAGGAUUUGGCGACACACGAGGUCUGGACAGGGAUCAAGAAAUUGUUGAACAAAUACGCCAGUUGUUCUGUGCCACACCACCACAUGGGCUUAUUACAAUUGACAUUGUCUGCUGUACAGUUAAAGCUCCCGAUGCGAGGUUAACUAUAAUGCAGACUUAUGUUUUUAAUGCAGUUAUGUCACUGUUUGGAAAAGAUAUUGAAGAAAACAUUUGUUCUUUGAUAACGUUUGCUGACAGCCGUUCUCCGCCUGUUUUAUCAGCACUGACACAAUCCGGUCUGCCAUUUGGUAAGCAUUUUACAUUUAACAACACGGCGUUAUUCGCUGAAAACACCAGCAGCGAUGCUGUAGGUCCAUCACCAAAAUCGUUUUGGGAUAUGGGUAUCCGAAGUUUCACAGGGUGUUUUGAACAUAUCAAGAGAAUGCCUCCAAAAAGUUUGCAGCUAACGAAAGAAGUAUUGGAUGAAAGACAUCGGUUAGACGAAACUUUGCAAAUGUUGCAGCCAAAACUAGAGAUCGGCCUACUGAAAAUUAGCCAGCUGAAACACCAGAUACAAGUAUUUAAAGACAACAAAUCCAGAAUUGACGAGAACAAAGAUUUUGAAUACAUGGUGAAAAUUACCAAACAAACAAAGGAGCCUUUGGCAGAGGGCUUGCAUACUACCAACUGUUUGUUUUGCAAUGUUACAUGCCAUGAGAAUUGCGCAUUCGCGGACGACAAAGAUAAAAUGAAGUGCGUCGCUAUGGAUGGCACUGGUCACUGUAAACAAUGUAAGAACAAAUGUAUCUGGAGCCAACACGCUAAUACGCCGUAUAUUUUUAAGUACACCAUUGAGGAAGAAAAGCAUAUGUAUUCGGAGAUGAAAUCAAAAUAUGAAGAGGCAAAUGGGAAAAUUCCAACUUUGAAACAAUUACUUGACAAACUCGGUGUUGAACUUAAUGACAUUGCUGAUAACAUCGAGGGAAUGAUGGUUGUGGUAAGGAAUUGCAACACCCGCCUCGGAGAGAUAGCUCUUCAUCCUAACCCAAUGACGAUGACGCAAUAUAUCGACAUGAUGAUACAAAACGAAAAAUCACUACACAAAGAUGGUUGGAAUGAUCGAAUAGACGCUUUGUAUAAACUAAGGAAGCGUGCUCAAGUACAGGCGGAUGCUGUGCAGUUUGAUAAAGAGACUGGACAUCUCGGAUUAUCUGGAGGAACGACCGAUCCUCAGGCUGUAUUAGCAAGGUUCCACGACCUAAUUGGCAUCUGA